AUCGGCGGACACUAGUCGGCGAUCGGCUUUCGAGCAGACUUCUCAGCUGAGUUUGCACUCUGCCUCGAGAUCGGGAGCACGCGGGAUCGGUGCGCGCGACGUCUUUGCAUUAUUAGUGGUACCGCUUGCAUUGAUUUGCAUCGUCAGUUCGAACCGUGUCGCGGUCUGCGCCGUGAGAGCUGUUCCGCUUGUCGACCUGUGAUCUACUUGAUUUUUGACGAGCCAGCAGACGUCGUCGAUUCAUCUCGCACUAUACGCAGCGGGUCAAGCAUCUCUUGUGAAAGAAAAAAGUGCACAGCGUGUAACAAGUAUGACGCCUUCACUGAAACUCGCCGACGAUCAGCGCUUCGCGCUCAUGAAGUUCAGACGCAGUGUGCAGGACAUCCUACAGCCACAUCACGACGACCAGUUCCUUCUGCGAUGGCUACGAGCAAGAAAAUGGGACGCCGGAGCGGCCGAAAAAAUGCUAAGAGAUUCUCUGGAGUGGAGAAAGCGCUACGAUGUCGACAAGCUCGACGAAUUCGAGAUACCCCAGGUGCUGAAGGACUAUCUGCCACACGGUAUCUGCGGCUACGACAAGGAUAAGGCACCUGUGAUCGUCAUGCCGUUCGCCGGUCUGGACCUUUACGGAAUUCUCCACGUCGUGACCCGAAGAGAGAUGAUCAAGACGACGAUCAAGUUGCUGGAGAACUACCUGAGAAUCUGCAAGGAGCAGAGCCAGAAACACGGCCCAGACGCUGGACAGUGCACUGUCAUCUUCGACAUGGAGAACUUCAACUUGAGACAGUACAUGUGGCGACCAGCCGGAGAAAUCGUUAUUACGUUGAUCCAAAUGUACGAGGCGAACUACCCGGAAAUUCUUAAAGUUUGCUACAUCGUCAACGCACCGAAAGUCUUCGCUCUCGCCUUCUCCAUCGCCAAAAAGUUCAUGAACGAGUACACGAUCUCGAAAAUCCAAAUUUACAAAGCCGACCCGAACAAGUGGAAGCCCGCGAUACUGCAAGUGAUUCCCCCGGAUCAGCUGCCCGCUCAUUUCGGCGGUACACUGAAGGAUCCCGACGGUAACCCAAGGCUGGCGACGAAGAUCUGCCAAGGUGGUAAGGUUCCAAAGAGCAUGUACACCAACAAAGGCAACAAGGACAAGGACAAGGAAAACGUAUUCACCACUGUCACCAUUAAGAAAGGUGAAAAAUUGAAGCUGGACUUCAAUCCUCCUGAAGCAGGAUCAUUGCUGAGCUGGGAAUUCCGCUCAGAUGACCAUGACAUCAGCUUUGGAAUAGUGAAGAAAAUGGGCGAUGGAUCUACUCAAGAUGUAGUUCCCAUUCACAGAGUGUCUGCCCAUCAACUAGAUGAAGUUGGCAUUGUUACUUGUGAAACUCUGGGAACUUAUUCGGUUGUGUUUGACAACAGCUACAGCAUGCUUAGAAACAAGAAAAUACAUCACUGCAUACGUGUAUUACCGCCAGGAAUUACAGAGGACGAUGAAGCACUAACCAAGGCAUAAAUAAAUAUAUAUAUAUAUAUAUAUAUAUAUAUAUAUAUUCUGUAUAUAUAAUGAAAUAAGAAAGAAUCUAUAGAUUUGUAAUAUUUUUUACAAAAAAAAAUUGCUUAGGUGAAUGAAGAUUUAAUGGUUGGAUCCCUCCAUUGUAAAUAAGAGUUUUCAGAUGUUUAUAUUUACUUUAGAUAUGUAUGGUAGAUCAUUCAAGUAUGUGAUAUCGAAUAUUGAUUUUGAUUUUGUAUUUCAUACUUAUGUACAUAAAUUUAUUAUAAAAAACAA